AUGUCUCCAUUCUUCUGCAGCCAAGAAAAGUCGAUCAUGGAGCACUUGAGCUCCAUCUUCUUCACUUUCCUGGCUCUAUGCAUCUUCUUCACCCUCCACCUAUCAAAACUGAUCUUCUUCUCCACAAAAAAUAAGAAAGAAAGGAAUCACAAUCUUCCACCAAGUCCUCGCUCUCUUCCCAUCAUCGGCCACCUCCACCUUCUCAAGAAACCCCUCCACCAAUCCCUGGCCCGUCUCUCGGCCCGACACGGCCCGCUCCUCCUCCUCCACUUCGGCUGCCGCCCCGCUCUCGUCGUCUCCUCCUAUUCCCUCGCCGAGGAGUGCUUUACCACCAAAGAUCUCGCCUUUGCUAACCGGCCCAAAUUACCCUCCAUUCAACUCACCACGUACAACCACACAUCCCUCGCAAACGCCGUCUACGGCCCGGAGUGGCGUAGCAUGCGCCGCAUUGCCACUAUUGAAGGGCUCUCCGCCAACCGCCUCGCUUCCUUUUCGAGUGCUCGGGCCGAGGAGGCCCGAGCCCUUGCCCGAAAUUUGUUUAAUGAAACGACGGUUGAUAGUUUCACCAAGGUGGAGCUGAAGACGAGGCUGUUCGGGCUGGCUAUGAAUGUGAUGAUGAGAAUUAUUGAUGGGAAGAGAUACUACGGAGAGGAUGUGGAGACGAAUAGGAAGGUCAAGAGGUUCAAGGAGGCGGUUCAGGCGGCCUUCUCGUUAGCUGGUACGACCAAUUUAGGAGAUUUCUUGCCGGCGGGGAUAAGGUGUUUGGUUGGGCGAAGGUUGAAGACAAGACAGGCUUGGAUUCAUGAGUGUAGAGAUAAUUUUAUUCAGUCUAUUUUAGAUGAAAGGAGGAUGGUGAAGAAAGAGGAGGUUGAGGAGAAGAAGGAUAGAAACUUGGUAGAUGCGUUGCUGUCGUUGCAGAAGGAGCAGCCUGAGCAGUACACUGAUCGUUUUAUCAAAGCAUUGAGUAUGAGUUUGCUAUCUGCGGGCACAGACACUUCAUCAAACACCAUCGAAUGGGCAAUAUCUCUCUUAUUGAACAAUCCCAAACAGCUUGUGAAGGCCACAGAAGAGAUUGACGAGCAAGUAGGACACAAUCGUUUGCUUGAAGAAACUGAUCUUAUCAACCUUCCCUACCUCAAUUGUAUCAUCAACGAAACCCUUCGGUUAUAUCCUGCAGGGCCUCUCCUUGUACCUCACGAGUCUCGAGAAGAUUGCACUGUGGGAGGCUACCACAUACCCUGCGGCACUAUGCUUAUAGUGAACGCUUAUGCCAUCCAAAGGGACCCUAAGAUAUGGCCGGAGCCGACGAAGUUCUGUCCAGAAAGAUUUCAAGAUGUAAAAGUGGAUGAAGUGGGGAAGAUGCUACCGUUUGGUAUGGGGAGGAGAAAGUGCCCAGGAGAAGUUCUUGCGAUGAGAGAGAUAGGGUUGGUGAUUGGAACUUUGGUUCAGUGCUUUGAGUGGAGAAGAGUUACAGAAGAAGAGGUGGACAUGAAAGAAGGUGUGGGAAUAACUAUGCCCAGAGUUAAUUCUCUUGAAGCAUUAUGCAGGCCUCGUGAACCUAUGAUCAAUUUAUUGGCUCAACUUUGA